AUGGAGACACGUGGACGUGUUGUAAGAACCAAGACCACAAGAACCGAAGUCGUGCUGAACCCACAACACGACUUUGUUCCAAUUCCACCAUGCAGAAAGACUAUUGUCCCUCCUCAACUCGUCCAAAUGCCACUAUCGGGGGGAGCUACCUGGCUAGGCGACUCCUCCAAUCGGUGUCACGGAGGCUGCCGCCUCCCACUCCCCUGCUGGCCGGCACCACCGAGCAAAAAACGGUACGGGGCGGCUCAAACGCGGCACGUUGGAGCCGUUGACGUAGUUACUUUCACUGGGGCGCGGGUAGUGUGCGUACUGCGAAUAGCUGGAGCCCUACGUGAGGAUUUUGCCUGUGAUUUGUAUCGUUGGAGGGAACCCAACUCCAGUGGACUGGGACUGGUUUAA